GGCUCAGUAUGCACGUCCAUUUUAAAAAAAAAAAGCUAUCCCUCACACUCUGCUAUCCCUUAACGUGUUGUUUAGUUCUUUUCAUCCAACUUGUAUAUCCUUUCCAUCUCUCCGUCAUUAUAUUGAUCUUAAGACUUCGUAAGAUGGGAUCAAAGUUCGACAGCUGGGACCCCCUAUACUAUGAUGCCCCAUACAUUGCAGCCUCAGGCACAACAUGGUAUCCACGGAACUGGCGGAAAACGAUGAUUAUCAAUCCCUCGUCGGGCAAAGAUCCACUCGAGUGGAGUAUGACCUCUUAUCGAGGCUUCCCUUAAACCGUUUCAACUCCGAAUUGCUGGUCUCUAACGUGGAUUUAAAGUGGAUGGGCAAUGCUCCACUUCUCCUGCCCCUGACAUUGGCCUUUAAAUCCCGGCAAGCUGCCACCGAUCAAGAGAGUAUCACUUUCCGUCUUUUAGCACCCACAGCACCUUCCUCAUGCCCUACACCGGCCGUUGUAACUGCACCAGCAUCUCCAUCACCCUCCCGGCGCAGCCGGAGAGGAGUGUAGCCUGCCACUGCAUCAACUGCAAGAAAGCUGGAGGAGGCUCCUUCUCAAUCAACUACUUCAUCAAUCAAGAUGACAUGACCAUCGAAGACCCUAGCCAGGCAAUGAAGAUCUACAGCGAUCCCAAUACUUCUUCGGGGAACACAAUUCAGCGCCAUUUCUGCUCUAGUUGUGGAAGCCCACUAUUCACAUUAUCGCCCAAGGUGCCAGGAAAGGCGUAUUUGAAGGCGGCGCUGUUUGACAGUGUGUCAAAGCCUGAAUCGGUGUUUUUCGGCGACAAGCGGGAGGAGUGGGUGGCCAUUAACACGGCAUAGUAUACAGUGAUACACAUUGUUGGGUUGGGUGGAGCAUUAGCGGAGUUGGAGUCCGGGGUUGAAUGAGGGGUUGAUUUAGGUGAUGAUCCGGGGGAUUGUCUGGAAUUCGAGUUUAGUCGUCCUUGCUCCUCGUCGUGAAAUUAUAUCUCGAUCCAUAUAAUCUAGGCAGAAUGUCCCCAAAAUCAUUACGUCAUAUCC